AUGAUUACCAAUUUUGAUAAACUCUGUGGAGAUCUAGAGAAACAAGAAUUGGAGGCUCCUACCGGCAUAGCAUCUCCUUCUACGUACGCACAACUCUUAGCAAUAUAUUUAUAUCAAAACGACUUAUGUAAUGCAAAAUUCCUGUGGAAGAGAAUCCCCCAGAACAUAACAAGUAGUAACCCGGAAAUAUCAGCAAUAUGGGCGGUUGGUCAGAAAUUAUGGAAAAAGGACCUACCUGGUACCUACCAGGCUCUAGCUGCAUUCACCUGGACUGAACCUGUUGCUAAUAUCAUCCGAGCUUUAGAAGAUAACAUAAGGGAACGCACAUUCAACCUGAUUGGUCGCUCAUACAGUUCUAUAUCAAUUGACACUGUCGUCUCAAUGACUGGUUUGAGCAAAGACGCAGUCCUACACAUCUGCAGGGACCGCAAAUGGAUGUUGAAUGAAGAUGGAGUUACUGUCAGCCCUACACCACCCACCCAGCCUGCACCACUCCACACAUCCAGUGAAGAUCAGCUGUUCAAGUUAACCGAAUUUGUUUCUUUCUUAGAAAAUUAA